UGGAUAAACAAGAACAACGGCGGCAGGAGCAAAGUUGUGGCGUAGAGAAAAUCAUGGAAGGAAAAACGUCAUCUUCAAGUCGUGCCAGUUUUCGUAUACCAAAGAAGAAAACAAACACUAAGUCAGAGGAUGCCCAAGUUCAGUCCCCUUUGGCAAGGAUUCCAGGCUCCCAGCACUGGGACUAUCCUUUAAAAGAGUGGAAAUUAAGUCCCAACAUCAGAAAGUCUUCCAGAAAAGGAAAGAGGAAAAAGGAUGGUGACAAACAGAACUGUAAUGAUGAAGAAUCAAUUGGGCAACCCAAAGUUAUCUUGACGAAUAUCCUGAUGACGAAAAUAGGAAGAAAAUACACACAGGUGCAACCUAAAACUGGUGCUAAUUUUUCUGAUGCUGGCAAGCUGCAGUCAGAUCAACCACCCUCAUCAUCUGUUGCUAGCCUAAAGAUAUGGCAAAUUUUAAACCCUACUCUCCAAAACCUUUUUCUCUCUAAAAGGCAACCUCAAGUUAUCUUGACGAACGUCCUGAGGACGAAAAUUGGAAGAAAAUACAUGGACAGCCAUGUAAUAAUUGCUACAAAUUUAUCUGAUGAUGACAAAUUACAAUCAGGUCAACUACCCUCAACUGUUGCCAGCCUACAGACAUGUGAAAUAUUAAGCUCUCCUCAUGAAAGUUCUUUUCUGUCUGAAAGGUCUGAGCAAUACCUGAGAAAGACAGAUGAUGAUCUGUGUAAAUUGACUAAGGCUUCUAAGGAACCAGAAAACAAUGUUGUCACUUCUAGAAGACGGGAGCUCCAGAAGAAAGAAAAUAAGACCUGUGAUGAACCAGAAAAAACAAGCAGAGGCAUGAACAACACCUCUCUUAUACAGAAGCAGUCAAGCUCUUGUGAUUCUGAGAAAAGGAAACGAAAAUCUAGUGGCCAUAUUUCUGAUGAUUGUAACACACACAUUCCAGAAAAAUCACUUCUACCCUUUAAGGAGCAAAGACUGAGUUCAACUCAGUCUUCUAGCUGCAGAAUACCCUGUGAGGAUGAACAAGGUCACAGAUUUGAUAUAAUUCUGGUACCAGAUUGUAUUCCACAGUCAUUAGAAAGAGACCUUAAAGACACUUCCAACCACAACCGCUUAAGUCCUGCUUACAGCUGCUCAAAGGAAGCUGUUUCAGAGACUCCUCCCAGAAAUUUGUCAGAGAAACAGCUUUCUGCCACCAAUGAAGAUGGGAUUUCACCACGAGUUAGUGCCAUCAGGAAAUUGGAGAUGGAUGCGUCACAGUACCUGACCAAGCUGCGGAACAGACUCUGCAGGGGUAAUCGGCAACUUGUUUCAGUUGACCCAAUUGUUCUCUCCAGUGAUGAUGAAGAUGGAUCGUCUAAACCCAAACACUCAAAGCUACUGCAGGAUAAUAUCACUGACAAUAAGGAAACAGACCAGCAGCCUGAAUUCUGCAUCUCAGGAAAGGAAUUGGAAGACGAGAUGAAAACUCACACAGAGCUGAUUUUAGCAGAAUCAAUUGAAGAUAAAUGUCAUAUCAGCUUACCUUCUGGAAGAACACCUAGAAAACAGAUGAAGCCAGCACUGGAUGUUAAAUUUGAUAGUUUAUACAUUGAAAAAUUUAAAUGGAUAUCAACAGAUCCUGCUAGGUUUACAGCCAAGUGGAUUACAAUCCCAUUUCAGGUGGCUCUUAAUAAGAAUAUUAAGCUGGCAGUGGAUACUCUGGAUCUUAGAAGGCUUGGCUUGUGGAGAAUCGAUGGUGACUAUUCUUCAACAAUGAUCAUUUUCCUUUGGUUGUCUGUGGAUUAUGUAGAAAAGAUUGAAACCCAAUUAGGAAAGUCAGUUAUCAGCAAGCCAUCCAAAUCUAGUGAAUUUGUGUUUCUCGAACUGUCCCGACUACUCACAGAAGGUGAAGAAGACAGACUGACUGAGUUGAUGACAGUUGUGAGCAAGAAGAACAGAGCACCAGAUCUCCCUGAGUUUCUGUCUUUGAAGGAAGCAGUACCCUUGUUUAAAGACCUUUCUCCUGAAGAAAGCUCUUUUAUGAGGUACAAUAAGGAUCUAUUGAAGCAAUAUAUGCCAAAAAGGAAUACCUCAGAUACUCAUGAGCCUGCAGUUCAGGAAUCAAAACCAAAAGUGAGCAGGCCCAGUUAUGCACUUGCAAAUAGGCAAAAUAGUGGUUGCUACUCUAUCUCUCUGUCCUCUGCACUGAAUGAAGAAUGGAAAGAAGUAAAAGAAAUUGGAGCAGUUAAGAAUUUAAUCGUUUAUCCACCCCCACCUGCAAAAGGAGGUCUGGGAGUUACAACAGAAGACCUAGAGUGCUUAGAAUAUGGAGAGUUUCUCAAUGAUGUCAUCAUUGAUUUCUAUCUGAAGUACCUGUUGUUGGAGAAGACACCAAAACAUCUUGCUGACCGUACACACAUAUUUAGCAGUUUCUUCUAUAAGUGCCUGACCAGGACAGAAAAAAACUCUGAGUGGGAUCUCAAAGUUUCAGUGGCACAGAGAAGACACAGAAGAGUAAGAACAUGGACUCGCCAUAUAAACAUCUUCAAUAAAGAUUAUAUCUUUGUGCCAGUGAAUGAGGAGUCUCAUUGGUACAUUGCAGUUAUCUGUUUUCCUUGGUUAGAAGAAGCUGUGUAUGAGGAUUGUCCCGGUGAGGAUUCAUUAAAUCAUCAGCCUCAACAGUCUUCACUUCAGUCAAAGAAUGAGAACACUAGGACUGGUUCAGUGUUGGUAUUUCCAGGUAACUGCAGGAAUAAAGAAGACAUGGAUACGAACAGAGGUUUAUUCUCAACAGAUGGCAAUGAAAUUGCUGCUUUUGGUUCAGCCCUGGAUUCAGAUAUUUCUGAAAUCUCCCUAGAUAAUUCCAAAAGGCAGAUUUGUAAAAGGCCUUGUAUACUCAUCUUAGAUUCGUUGAACACUGGUUCUGUGCAGAAAACAGCUCAGAUUUUGAGAGAAUACCUUGAAGUGGAAUGGGAAGCUAAACGGAAAACACAUCGAGAAUUCAGUAAAUCAACAAUGGUUGACCUCUGUCCCACUGUGCCUAAACAAGAUAACAGCAGUGAUUGUGGGGUCUAUUUGCUGCAAUACGUGGAAAGCUUCUUACAGAAUCCCAUUGUUAACUUUGAGCAGCCACUGCACCUCAAGAAGUGGUUUCCUCGUCAGCUGAUCAGAAGCAAAAGAGAAGAAAUUCGAGACCUGAUCUUGCAAUUGCACUUUCAACAGCAUAGUGGCAGCAGCAGCUAAUAAAUCUAAUAAGCCAUACCUGGCAAAGAACAUUGCUAUUUAAAGUAACUGGAACUCUGCUUAGCAUCAUUUGUUCUCUUUCUGCAUUGCA